AUGACGGCCGUACUACCUCAAGGACUUAUUAAUGCCAAUCUUGAUGUACAGCAAUACGCUUUGGACGACUCCAAUGCCACCUUCACCAAUUCUGACGCCCUUCGAAAGUUCUGGAGAGUCUACGCCAUCCAGAGCAACGCGACCCAGGAUGACGCCGCGGUGCGAUCACGGAAUCUAUUCUGGAGAAUAUGGAGCAGUCGCACCUUGACCCAAUCCAUCACCCCUCCUCUCUUGACGCAACUGUGGCAGCGAUGUAGUCAGGAGUUCGAUUUGACACCCAUUGGGGGUAUUCCAGCUUCACCCGGACCCCCCGCACUACAAGACCCUUUUGCUCCCAGGCAGUCUCGCAAUCGCCUCGCCUCGCCAUCUCCCUCUAGUGAAGUCCACCCGAUACAUGACUCAAGUCCUCGAGGCGGUCAGAACACGGGCAUGACCUUGCAAGACUUCAGAUGGUCGGCCGCAGAUCAACCCGCACGGGAUGACGUUCCUCGGCUGCCAUUCCGACCAGCAGGUGAGGCAAGUCGACAGCGACUUGAUAGUUCAUCAGGAUCGACCUCUCAAACCACAUCUGAGUCGUCCUCUAGACCUACAUUGAGCAGGACUGCUAGUGGCGGUCGCCAGAGACUGCCUGUCCUGGCCAGUGCCGGGAAGGCAAGGGCACGACCGUUAAUUCCACGCAGAAAAUCCAGUACACAGAAGUCCGGUGGGGGCUCUAACCAGCCUAAAUCAGCCCGAGAACCGACAGAAAACUCGACGGCUGAGGCCCCUGAUACUAGUGCAAGGGUCGAGCGCCUUUCCGCAGGCGGCCCUCCUCCCGGCCUGCCGUUGCCAUCGGCUGCUAGUGGGCCGGCCUUCGCACUCCCGUCGGCGUCCUCGUGGCAGAGUGUAGAGUCGACAUCACCCAACCCUCCUUUGGCAAGCACUGCACCGAUCCAGUCCAAUCCUUCAGGCGAACUUGUCCAUCCAGACUUCCGCGGCAAAUUCGUUGAAAACCAGAAGAAGCUGGCCAGCUUCACCAAUCUCCCGGGUCUGGCUCGGAUGAGGAGACCAGGCAGUAUUGUGCGUUUUGCCGACGAACUCCCACAGGUGGAGCCAGACAAAAGCAAAGACCGAGAGCAGCCUUCCUCACCAUUACGAGAGGAAAACGUGGGCCGGUCACGAUUGCGCACGAGUAUGGCCAGCGCGGCCAUCUCUGACGAUGGCGACUCAGACUCCUCGUCAAGCCCGAUGGAACUUCCGCGCACAAAGAGUCAGCUCAGCCUGUUGAUCAACAGCAAGAGGAGCGAGACCGGAAGUUCUGACAUUGGCCCUCCAGCUCAAGCGCACGAAUCGAAAGGGAAAGACAAUGAAGCAAGACAAAAGGCCAGGUCUAAGGAACAAGAGCUACUCUCUAUGGGCCGUCGUGAUGGAGUCACUAAGGCGGGUGGCGUCCAAGUCCCGAGGCAACAGAGGGUCAGCGAACUCGAAGACCCUGCUUAUCAGUCUCAGUCCAGUCCGGAGCCCUUGUUUUGA